GGUGUUUUCAGUGUGUUGCUGCUGUGCUCUCUGCAGCACGACUUUCUCUCUUCUCCUCACAUGUGACAGAUUUUCCCUCCUCUCCCUCUCGGGUCGAUCAAACCGGAUUAAUAACUCGAACAUGGAUAAACUUUGCUCAACUAAACUGAGAGCACCCUGAACGUACCUGGGGGAACUCCACCGUCGACUGAGUCUGACUCUUACCGCCUCUGAGGAGCAGGUGAACCCGGCGGAUGAACAGGUGAACCCGGGGGACAAACAGGUGAACACGUGGAGGGAGCCUGCAGCCCUCCGGAGCUGUAUCUGAAGAUGUCCGGAGCCGUGAAGGUGUUAGUGUGGAUGUCUGAACAAAGUCUGAGGAGUCUGCUCUGAUUCAAGGAUUCAGAUUCCCGCUCCUUGUUCCUAACAUCUCAGAGGAUCUCUAAAGUUUGUUUUCUGAGUGCUCUCUAUAAACAGCUCCUCCUCUCAAACAUUUAAAGGUUAUUUCAAGUUUGAUGUCCUCUGUCUGCUCUUGAAGUGUGCGAAGUGGUUUGAGAAACUUGGAGAAAUGAAGGAGAAAUGUAAAAACGCUGCUAAGACUCGGAGGGAGAAGGAGAACGGAGAGUUUUAUGAGCUGGCCAAGCUGCUGCCUCUGCCCGCGGCCAUCACCUCCCAGCUGGACAAGGCCUCCAUCAUCCGGCUGACCAGCUCCUACCUCCGGAUGAGGGCCGUCUUCCCCGACGGUCAGUGAACACAACUGGACUAACAAUAACACUUAUUAUCCGUUUUUAGAGUUGAUGAUGCAAGUAGAUGAAAGGUUUUGCUCAUAAAUUAAGCUUUUUAAAGGCUAUUUAUAAAUAUAAAAAUACAGCUCGUGAUACAGUUAGAGGACUUAAGCGUAUUGUUUUUAAAAAUCAACACUAAAAUAUACUGUCACUUUAUUUUUUUUUUCAUAAUGAAUUCAAUUUAAACACACGGAGACUUAGCCUAUUUCUAAUGGUCAGACUGUUACGGCCUUUUGAAUAAGGUUUUUUUUUUCAUUUUAAACAGACAAAAUUCAAUGGCCCAUUAUAAAUAAACCAGAAUAGAUGUGUCUUCCUCCUUUUAAUCGGCGGUCGGAAACUUUAAAUCACAAUCAUUAAGAAAGAAAAAAAAAUCAAACUUAGAGAAGUAAAGCUGCAUUUCUAGAAGCUAAAAUGAAAAAAAAAAUGCAGUAACUUAAUGAAAAAGGAAUGGAGCACAGUCAUUCCUGCACAGUCAGUCAAGAGGUGGGCUUUUCAUAUUGAGGCUACAUAGCAAAUAAUGCGAUCAUCAAGAAAAAUAAACACCUAUUUCCUCAUAAAAAUAUCCUCACCUUUAAAAUAAAUCUCAGACAAAGACAGGGUAUUAUUUUUAAUCAAGUAUAUAAAUGUCUGUAGUCUACAGGCCUACAGAAACAUGAAGAAAUGCGCGGUGUUUAUCAGUAUCUGAACACACUGACACUUCAAGAAUUAAAGUCUUUGAUAAAUUAUAGUCUAUGUUGGCGUAUUUGAAGAAACCGAGACAAACUUACACGUACGCUGUAGAGAGAUGGACCAAUUCUUCAGCGCACAAAAUGAUAUUUUUGAUGUUAUCCAAAAACAGAAAAAACAACAAUUACAAAACCCAAAUAAUUAGAAAACAACUACAAAACGGAGCAAGAGGAAGGUUAAAGAAAACAAUCCAAGUUCAUAUUUACGAUCUCUGUAGAGACAAAAAUUCGCCUACACUGAAAUAAAUACAAAAUAUACAGAAAAAGCAGGGCGGAUGGGGUGUCCCUUCGUGAUUUCGAGUUUUGUAAUAUAUUUAUAUAUGAAGCAAUCCAAAGGCCCAUAACCUAUCAACGCAUAAAAGAGUAUUUUUGCGAAUUCUCCAAGAUAUCUACUCAUUAAUUUAGAAAAAUGUAAUCUUAAUCUUUACGAAAUUUUUUUAACACUUUUUAUUGUAUUGGACAGAAACACCUCACAAAAAUAGAUCAAUAGAAAAGAAAUAUGACAAAUUUACCUUUAAUGUUUGUUUUUACCCAAAUAAUAUUAAUAAUAAUUCCAAGUCAUGAACAUUUUAGUGUAGUUUAUUUUAUGAUGUGUGGGCUACUUCUCUUCUGAUAACACCACAUCAGCAAAGUCAGUGACAUGACACUCCUGCUGAGGUUAAAUGUUGUGGAUUAAAAAAGUCAAAUGGACUUAUAAACUUUAGGUGUCCUACAGUAGUCACAGUCCAUUCCUUCGUUAUUCAGUGUGUGGUAUUUGUGUCCAAAGCAGUCUGUCCCUCAUGAAAAUAUUUGAACCUGUCGACAUGAAGCUGAAGCUCUGAGCUGAAACAUCUGUCCAUUUCAAUAACACACACACACACACACACACACACACACACACACACACACACACACACACACACACACACACACACACACACACACACACACACACACACACACAGCUUAGUUUACAUCACUCAGACACACACUCUGUAUAUGUGCGCGCGCCAGUUUAACUAUUUGUGAGUUUUUCAUUAGAGUUGAUCAUGAAUGUCGUUGUUAACCUUUAUUAGUAAUGUAUUGAUGCAACCUGAUGAAUUGUGACAUACUGUGAGCAGCUUUGUUUUAUACUGCAAAUUAAUGGUAAUAGGUACGAACUCUGACUUUGAAUAGUAGAUUUUAUUAAUGACACUUAUAGGUCACUAACACCAGACUUUGUAAGUUUGUGUCCUUCCUUAUAGUAAAAGGCCCACAUAAAAAGACGGUAUCAUUGUGAAAUAAUAGUAUUCCUAUAAAUGUAUUAAUAUUAUGAAUAUUAUUAGGUUAAGUCAGUCUGAGGACUGACUGUGUGUGAUUGGGGUGCUUGUUUUAACUGUGUGUCAGUCAGUAUAAAGAGUCUGAGUGCUGAGAGCUGCUGUCUGUUUCAAACUCCUCACUCAUUCAUCACCAGCAAUUAUUUCAUUAGACUGGACACACACACACACACACACACACACACACACACACACACACACACACACACACACACACACACACACACACAUUAAGCACUAAGCACACUCACAGGGCAGCAAAACACUCUCCUUCCUCCUCGUCAGCACUCAUCAGCACCCGGCCUCACUCAGCACGGCCACCCGGGGAGACUGUGGGAGGGGAGGGGGGACCGACCGGGGAGUCUAAAUGUUGGACUGACGGUGAGUCUCCACCGGGUGACCGGGAUGUCCUUCACCUGGAGGAAACAGCAGUGGGUCUGCGGUCUGUUGAUAAGUCUGAUUGAACCUUAACGAUAUGUUCAAAGACUCCACACAGUCAGGGUCAGUUUAAACUCUCUCUGUUUGUCUUGUACUCCCGUUAAUACCCCGGUGAAACCACAGUAAUAACUCAUGGAGCCCGUCCUCUCCGCGUUACAGGCAACCACCCGCCGAGAAUGACUCCCCCGAGGAAAGGCGCUCGUUAAUGUGGCCAAUGGCAAUGCGCAAAAAACCAAUAUAAGCCUAAUUGUUAUUUGUAGGGGUGAGCAGUAAUGAGGAAUAAUCUACAAUGUUUAUUUUAUAACACUUUGCUUCAUUUAUAUUAGACUAGUCUUAAGUUUAAUCACCCAGUAGGGCAGACCGGGGUUGGUUGUCACACUUUUCACUCUCUGUUGAAUUAGACAGGUCAACAUUCUGCAGCUUCUAGAUUCAGUGGAGUCUUGUGUUGAAAAGCGUAUACUGUUCAUUCUUGUACAUUCAUUUAAAAGCUAGAUAUUAACCAUCAAUUACUUUUUUUCAAAAGACACCAAAACUUUUUUUUUAAAUCAGUGAAGUCUCUACUCCGCUCUUCACUGUGUUUUGCAUUUGUGGGCUUGUUAUUUCUAAUCAAGAGGCAACUUCUAGUAAAGUGUGCUAAAACUGUUCUUUGAACAUCCACUUGAGACUGUCUGCAAAAGAAAUGGAAACAAAAUACACACCAUAGACUGUAUAUACUAUGGACAACUUGGUUCUGCCUCCUGCCUGUAUACAGAUUUGAAGCCAAAAAGCUCACGGUAUUUCUGCGAUUUUUCUUCAUUUCCUGAAACCAACAUUGCGCAGUAGCAUUGUGCGGAUUUGGCGGGAGAGUCACUGAGAGUCGCUGUGAUGACGCUCAGCUCAAACAGCGUAUCCCCCGGGUGAGCUACGCAAUCUUCGUACACCCAUAGGCUGUAUCAAGUGUCAAUCAUAGAAAACAUGAACCCUCUAAUAACUUUAAAAAAAUGGAGCUGUACAGAAAAAAGAGGAGUUGAGCACAAACCAGUCUGACAGUAACUACAUGUCAACAUCACAAGCAGAGGGGAGAAAAAUCUAUAUUCUGUGUAUUAAAUUUCUAAAGUUAUUCUACAGCCCCAUAAGCUUUGCUGGCGGAAUUGGGAUUUAUGACCUAUACUGCAACCCAUUAACAGAGGAUGCUGUUCUCGGGGUGGCUUCACCCAGCAAGGAGGCUGUCCAUUCUAUAUACAGUCUGUGAUACACACCCAUUUAAAAAAUGUCCAUCUCUGCACCACAAAUAAGCACAGACUUUGCCAAACUGACUAUCUUCCUGAACAAAUUUAGCCAAAAUAAAGAAAUAAAGAAAUUUUCGGGAAAGUAAGAAGAAGCCUAACUAUGACCACCAGCCCUGCCUGACCUCUGGACAAAGUUUUUUCAUGCUAGCUAACACAUAGCUCUAGCUAAAUUUAGGAAUAAUUUUAGGAAUAAUUUCUCAAUUUGACAAUAGGCAUCUUUUGUUUUUAUUUAUUAAUUAAAAUCAUGUCACAUUGCAAAAUUUCUUAUCCAUUGCACAAGUGUAAAGUGACUUUUUUUUUUUUUACCUUAAAUGUAUAAAAACAAAACAUCUUCCUGAAAAAAGUACUAUGAACCCCCCACUCCCCUUUCAGGAGUACCUCUGAGCCAUGAGGCAAGUCUGCCAGAGGAAAAGCCGUUUGAUGGAUGUUUGACCAUAACACUUAUAAAAAGUCAGAGAGGAUAUAGUUAAAUCAUUUAUUGUGGGAUUUCAGCACAUUUAUUAUUUGGCUAAUAUCAAUCUUGUGAUAUCAACAAACAAAAGCAAUCGUGUGGUGAAAGGGAGAUUUAGUAAUGGAUGUUUUGUUUGGCAGACGCAUUAAUAUUAACCUCCCCACUGAAAUCAUCACCCCCCUUCUCUUCGAGACCACAUUAUAAAUGCAAAAGUUCUCAAGUAAAAGAAGUCCUCGGUGUGUGUGACAGAAAGUUUUUCUGUUUUUACAAUCAUGAACACAAGUUGAUGCAUUUUUCAGCAGCUUGAAUUUUAAUCUCUUGAAUACAAAACUACUACUCAACCUUUAUUUAGCCAAGAAAGACUCAAACAUGUCAUAAGAUUGUAAAUAUUUAUUCUAAACACAGCUGGAAAUGUAUUCUGGUGAUUGUUUUUGCCUUUAAAGAGACAAAAACACCUGGUUUUAUCUGGUAAGCCUCAGUGCCAAAGCAAUUCAGGGGAAACUGUUGGUCUGAUCCUACAGGUCCUUCAUAGUUUAAUCAGUUUAUUGUUACAACAAAAUACAAAAAUACUAAAACAAAUGAAGAACUACAGACAUGGUGAGUGUUAGAGGGAUGUAAACCUGUAGACAGCAGGUGAAAUAAACUCACACAGUCACUCUCAUAAACUAAAUAUCAGUGUUAAUAAUCUGCAGGUGAAAAGUUUCAGGAGUUGAUGUUGUUUAGUUACAGUUUACAGCUUACAUCAGACUGCUGCAGACCAGGAGGAACUCUUCUCACAGAGGAAACAUUCAGUUUGGAGACUGCUGCUCAGUGUGUGUUUGUGGGUUUGUGUGUAAGAGUGUAAAAACUGAGACUGAGCACAUUUACUCUGAUCAGCUUAAAACAACAAAGCAGAUGAUUUUAUACUUAGACCACGAACUGACUGAUACCAGGGCAACUCCUGAUGAUGGGGAAUGUCUCAUUAUAACUUCAGAUAUCAGUGAAAAUAGUCAAAUGAAAUGACAAUCAUCAGACUCAGUUUUUAGUGUGGAGAUAGAACUCGAGGAAUUAACCAUCACUUUCCUGAAGUUAGAGAAUUUUUGAGUUAUCGUCAUUUAUCUUUCUAUGUUGAAUUUAGCAGUCUGGUGUCGGUUGGCUGGGACUGGAAACAGUAAUAACAUUUUUCAUAAUCCCCUUCAUAACUCAGAGAUUAGUCAGAGUACAGUCAGUAGCUUUUAAAAUAAGACACAUAUUUAUAUAUGUAUUAUUUAAUAAUAGCUACAGAUACUAAAUAAAGAUGUUGCUGCAUUUUUUGACCAGAUGAAAACAGAGAGCUCAAGAUAUGUCUUCUGAUCAGCUGAUCACUUUAAACCCUUACUUUAGGUUUUCCAGCCAGACAUCGAGCUCCUCAGUGUCCCACCCAGACUUGUGCCUUCAGUUCAUCAGGAAACAGACCUUCUUUGUUUGAGGCCGAAGAAAUUCCGAUUUACUUUCUAAAAGUAUAUUGUUAAAUCUCUUUAAAAGCUUUGUGUAGACCCACUUUACUCCUAUACCCUGUUGGCAGUAUAUCAGUAUGUGUGUGUGUUCAGCAUCACUACGUUUUUUAAUAAUAUGCUGUUUCAGGUGUGUGAUCAGAGCUGCUGUUUGGUAUGAACUCAGUUAGGGUUUCAAACAUACUUCUGUGACAGCACUUACUGUAUUCAUGUUGAUAUACACACUUAAACGUGAUUACACAGUCUGUGGGUGAGUCAUAUUGAAAAUAUCAAAAACAGAAAGCGUGUGUGUGUUGACACAUUUUGCACAGUGUGUAUGUGUAUGAAAUGUCAUGAGUCUUUAAGAGCCAAGUUCAAACUCUGAUAUCAGCACAUUAAUCAGACUGCAGCUAAAUAUCACGCCCUCAUUUAUGUGUGACAGAGAGAUCUUUAUUGAAUAUUGAGUAUUAUCACACUACUGUUUUAUUUAUCAAUUUAUCAAUUACAUUUGGAUUUCACUGAAUUGCCCAGCUUGAUUAUUUGAGUCAGAUUAUAUAAAUCACUCCAGUAAAGGUGAUUUUAGUUAAAUACUUUUUGAGUUGAAGUACUUUGAAAAACACUGAAGUUUUGAAACCACUUCAAAAUCAUCUUUAAACAUUGUUUCAUUACCACAAAGCAGUUAUAACUGCAGCCAGAAGUGAGAUUUAGAAAACAUGAUUUAAACUCACAUGCUGCACAUCUCCAGAUUUGCAGCUCCAAAAUAGAAGAAACAGAAUUUGAUCUGCAUUUGAUUGUUCAGCCUUGGAGACAUGCAGAGUACUGGGACAACAACACCACUUCAACAAACCACACUCAGAACAAACACAGUUUAUUGUCUUUAGACUUUUGGACAGAAAAUUCAUCAGCUGACCUCAAAGCAAAAGAAGUGAGGGACAGAAAUACUCACAGGAAUUUGGUGAAGUCCAAAGUAUUUGUCUGGAGUAAAAACAAUAAGUUUCCCUGAGAAACAACACUGAAAAGAAGCGCUGGUUCUCAGUAAGAUGAGAUGAGUUCAGCUUGAGCAUCAAAUCACAGCUGAAAUAAUCAACAUAUUCAAACAGAGAGAAAACAAACACAUGGAUUGUUUAAAAUUAUAACGUCAAAACUAAAGUGAAUUAUUUUUUCACGUCAUUAUUAAACUGUAAAGUUGGACUUAUCAAACUAACAAUAAAUUAAAUUUAAGUUAAUUUGUUUAUUUUUGUAGUUUUUUUUGUCAUAAGUGAUUCAACAGGUUUAUAAUUCAGAUAAUUUAGUGUCAAACUAUAUAGUUUAGUCAGCACCAGAUAUUAAACUUCAGCAACAAGUUAUACAGUCUUUUUGGGUUAUUUACCUAAAAGAUUUCUUGUCUUACACAAACAACUUGAAAUAAACUGAUGCUUAAAAAAGCUGUUUUUUCUGCUUUUACUGUAUGUAUACAUAUUUGUUUGUCUUUCUUCCUAUUCAGUGUAAUUCAAAGGGCUUUGUUGGCGAGGGGAUCAAAUUCAGAUCACUGACAGAAGGUUAAGGAGAUGCCGUGCAGUAUAGCUCAAUAAUAAUUAGUAAUCAAUAUUAUAACAAUAUCAAAUAUGUGUUUUUUUAUUUCAUAAUAUGACUGAAAAACACUAAGUGAAUUUUUCUCCUAAAACAACUUAGCUUAUCUGUGAAUAUGACAGAAAAUAUAAAGAGCACGCGUGGAUCGAGCUGUUAAUCAGCUCUGUGUGUAUUUGUGUGUUUAGGUCUGGGUGAUGGUUGGGGUCAGUCGUCUCUCUUCAGUCCUCUGGACAGCGUGGCGAAAGACCUGGGCUCUCACCUGCUGCAGGUAAGGAAACAUUCAAAUGUUGGUAUUCCAGCCUGAGGCAGGUAAACAGGCUUUAAUAAUGAUCCUUAAAGGUUCUAAGUGUGUCUGCUAAAUGUUCUUGUUUUUGUGCCUCACAGUUUUUUAUUUUUAGUGUCUGACAACCUUCCAAAAAGGAUUUAACACACUAAGGUCCGCACACACACAGACUCACUGAUCAUCACAGCGCUAGUGGCUUCCAUGUUCUGUGAGCUGAAAUGACUGAUUUUAUGAAUGGAGUUCAGUCAGAGCAGAUCGAGCUGUACACUAGAAUAUUCUGGUUAGCCGACACACUAAGUAGGUAUUCUACACCGGCAUUAAAGCCGGCUAACUGAAGGGCAUUAAAAGGGCAUUAAAAGGGCAUUAAAGCCAGGUUAACUAAAUACAAAUAACAUUUAAAAUAUUCUUAAUGUUUUAAGAUGAUGUGUACCAGCUGUGGCUUAUUAAGUUAUUUUUUGAGCUAAGCUUAGACUUAAAAACAGGCUGUUGAACCUACCCUCUACACUGACAGCCCUUUACAAAAAGAUUUUUUUCUAAUAUAUUCUCUGUGUUUUUGACUGUAUUUGAUACUCAUCUCAGAUCAGUUACACAGUUGGGGUAAACAGGCCAAGUCUGCAAAAAACUAAAAAUCUUGCAUUUCUUUGAUUUAACAUAACACUAUUUAAUUCAGCUUAAAAUAUAACAAAUUAACCUGACAAAUCCAGACAUAACAUCUCUCUCUCUCAGAUAUAAUCAGAAAAAAUUAAACAUUGAUUACUUUUGAAGUAAUUAUAAACAGCUUCAAGUACAGCAGUGUUGUUUCAAUAAACUCAGCUCAAACUGACUUGAUGCACCAGCAGCUAGAUUUUUUUUAUAUUGUCUACUCAGGUCCAAGUGUUAGAUUGUUGUAUCUCAGAAUGAAACACAUAUCAGGACUUCCAAGAUGAGUUUGUUUUGUUUUAUUUAAUGACCUUUUGACACUAUAUACACAGGGAUUUUGUGUCACAAUUCAAUUAAUACAUUUAAUUAUUUUCUUAUACAACAUGAUCACACGUGAUAAUUGAUUAUAAAUCAGAACAGAGAAAAGCUAAUUUUGUACCAGAUAGUCCACAAGGUAGUAAUGAUGAUAACAAUGAUGAUGAUACUACUACUACUACUACUAAUACUAUAAUAAUAAUAAUAGAAAAUGUGUAGAUAUUUAUUAACUUUAUUGACACACACACACACACACACACACACACACACACACACACACACACACACACACACACACACACACACACACACACACACACACACACACACACACACACAGCAUUCAACUAAUAAACUAGUUCAACUGAUAUAACAUGAUAGCAUGAACUGAUAGUUUUAUUAAACCUUACUAAUCACCUUUUAGCUGCACUAAUGUUAUUUCUCAUGUUGCAUAAUAUUUGUACCUUUAUAAUAUUUCUGUCAGUCUCCUGCUUCUGAACACAAUUUUUUUACUUUAGUUAGUUUUAUCAGUUUAAUGUUUGGUCUCCAAGAAUUUGCAUAUGUGGAUUUUUCCUAUCUUGUCUUAUAAAUCUUACGUCUGAGAUGAGUAAGUGAUUUUUUUUUUUCUUUUGCUAGUUUUAUUUGUGCUAUAUUGGUAAUACUACUACAAUUAAUACGCCUGUAUUAAUAAUACCACUACAGUCAUUGCCGUAUCAAAUACUGCAGUUAAUUCUGAUAAUAUUGCAGUGUAUGUCACAGUUUUAAAAGCUUGACAAGUUUUAAAGGACACAUUCAACACAGCCAAGAGCUGAAACAGCAAGCUUCUCCAACAUUUAUCAACUGCGUCACUCUCUUCAGUCUCAAAACAAAUAUUAUGUUUGAAAAUUGCAGGCAGAGGGACAUACAAACAGAGCCAAACAAAGAGACUUUCUGACAGCAAAGUAAAGCUCUGAAAUUUUCCACUUACACUGAGAGCAUUGCUUUGGUUGGAGUUGGUUAAAAUUAUCUCAAUUAUGUGGCAGAGCUGACCGCGUUUGCUGAGGCUGAUAGCUCGGCUUCUGUCCUGGUUCUUGGACCACUUUCCUGACAAAAGGGCCAAGCUGACUGAGAUCUCCUGUGUAUAAUACAUUUAGCCUAGAUGACCAGUACCUCAAAUAAUCACACUUAGGAAAACAUAAAUAUCUCUUUCAAAAGAGUUUUAAGAUCUGUCUCUACUCUGUAUGUGGAUAUAAAAAGUUCAGCACUUGAAUCAAGAGCUGGACAAAUGAUUGAUAACUUUACUGAUGUGGUGUCUGUGCUGUAGAAUCAAAGUAACCCAGACUUUUACAUCAUGUAUUAACUUUUUAACUGUGCAGAAUGCUGGUUGAGAUUAUUGACAUUUUAAUGAAUCAUUGCAGGAAGAGAUAGUCGCUGCAGUGAAAGUUAAAAUGCUUCCUGCUGAGGCCUUGUGGCCUAGUGGUUUAUGUGUACCCCAUCUACACAGAUUGCCUGGAUGUAAUUCUGACCUCUGGCUUCUUUCCUGCAUGUCACUCCCUGCUCUCUCUCCCUGUUUCCUGCUCUUUCUACUGUCCUGUCCUUUCAAAUAAAGGCCCAAAAGCCCCAAAACAAAUCUAAGUUUGCUGCUGCACUCUCAGGGUUCAUUUAUCAGUCAUAUGAAAAUUUCAAGUAAGCCUCUGUGACUCUAUUUGAUUGAUAAAAAUAUUAUAGAUCCUUUGGUUGUAUUGUGUUUCUACCAGCUCCUCACUUUAAAGUAAGCUCUUAUUUCACUGUUGUUCAGUAUGGAGAAAAACAAGAUUUACUUACUGAUGAUUGUUACAUAUAAACCCCCAAAUAAACCGGUCUUAACUGUAAAUUUAUAGUUUUCACUGAGUAAAUAGUUCAACCAUAGUUUAAAGUGGCUGCAGUUUAAACAGUAUGUCAGGAUGUACUGCUGAACUCUGCAGGUCUGUACAGGUAAAACACCUAUAUAUACAGUACCUGACAGUGUGUAACAGUUGAUCCUCUGCUCUCCUCAGACUCUAGAUGGCUUUGUGUUUGUCGUAGCCUCUGAUGGAAAGAUCAUGUACAUCUCUGAGACUGCUUCGGUCCACCUGGGCCUGUCACAGGUAAGAGACCCCCCCAUGAUAGGACAGUUUACAGCACUUGACCUGACAUAGGUAAACUGUAGAUGUGUGUGUGUGCUGCAGGUGGAGCUGACAGGAAACAGUAUAUUUGAAUACAUCCACCCUUCAGACCACGAUGAGAUGACAGCCGUGCUGGGAGUGUGUCAGCCCCAACACCAUCACCUCUCUGCAGGUAUGCUACACCUGUGUCACAUGGCAUCAUCGCAUGCAACACAUACAUUACAUGACACACAUUUGCUUAUCAUGUGAUACACAGAAACAUGGAAGAGACCAGUGGUGUGUUUGGUCUGAUUAAGGGGAAGGGGUGAAAAAAAGGACACCUGCUUUAUGUCAUGGGGCACCAGCACAUAGAAAAAAUGAUAAAUGAAGAUCUGCCUUUUUGGAAUUGAGCCUCAAAUUUUUUCGUUGUAAAACUAGAGUUAAAGAAAUCAAAAUUGAAACAAUAGCUGAAUCUAAAAUUUUACACGACACGUAAACCAUGUCAGGGCCAUAAUGUAAAAAUCCAUUGUAACUCUGUAUAAAGCUCAAGAUUUUAUGAGCUUGAAUUCUCUACUAUUUACUUUUCUCACUGCGUAGAUGUUUUGAGAAACACUCAUUAUAUAAAGUACUCUAUCUUUUUUUAUCAGCAAAAAAAAGAAAAAAACCCUACCACGAGCCAACCAAUCCACCAUUCACUAAGUUCAAUGCACUAAAAUUUAAAGACUUAGUAGAUUGUAAUACAAUACAAUUAGUGUAUGAUGCCAGAAAAAAACAAUUACCUCAAAGUAUCCAGAGGCUGUUUAAAAUGAGGGUUAGUCAAAACAAUCUGAGAGGAAAAUUCACAUUUGGAAACCAAAGGUAUGAACAUCUGUGAAGCCUGUGGAGUUUUAUAAGUGUUAAAAUAUGUACCAUAUUGAUUGAGGAUAAAAUUAAUAAGUACAAGAAUAAUUUAAUUUUGAAACAGUCUGGAAAAUUUUGUUAAUGUGUAUUAGAUGUCAAGUAUGAUAAUGCAUCUGUGUUGUUCUUAUUAUGAACAGAUUAUUGUGAUGUUAUCUCAUUAUGAGGUCAGAGCUCCAGCUUCAGCCUAAACCCUUAAGUAACCUUGGAAAUUUGGGAGUUUUGGUUUUGUUGCAGUUUGUUUUGUGUACUGUAGCUAAACUACAUCUAGUACCCAAAAAUGUUUAGGAUUAUUUGACAGUUAGUGUGUUUAUUUCUGCUGGCCAAGUUGGACAUUUGAACACAGGGCUCCAUGGGGAUUGACCCACUUUUGGAGACAGCCUCUAGUGGACACUGAAGGAAAUGCAGCUAUAGGGACUUUUGUUUUGGCUUUAGUUUUAAGCCCUGGAGUUAACAGCUUGAUGGAAAUCCGUCCAACACUUAACCGCUGUAUUCUGUGUAUAUGUGUUUGACAGAGUACGAGGUGGAGCGCUCCUUCUUCCUGAGGAUGAAGUGCGUUCUAGCCAAGAGAAAUGCAGGACUCACCUGUGGAGGAUAUAAGGUACUGGUUUGGUUGCACAUGAUACUACAGGUUUUAACAUGUGGCUCCUGGCCGGCCUUGUGAGAUGACUUUUUGUGUGUCAUUGUUGUCCAGGUGAUCCACUGCAGCGGUUAUCUGAAAGUGCGCCAAUACAUGAUGGACGUGGCCCUGUAUGAGUCCUGUUAUCAGACCGUGGGUCUGGUGGCAGUGGGUCAUUCUCUGCCUCCUAGCGGGAUCACUGAGAUCAAACUACAUAGCAACAUGUUCAUGUUUAGAGCCAGCCUCGACUUUAAGCUCAUCUUCUUAGAUACCAGGUAUUCAGACAUGUAGAAAGAUGACUUAUUAGAGCAAACUAUGAUGAAGUCAUCCAUCUGUGAUCUCUGUGUGGAUCUAAAGUUAUAGAAACCAAGUGGAAAAAAUGUGGAAAAACAGACAGACUUAGUAUUACAAACUUUUAUUAGUUGAUCCAUGGUAAUGAAACAGCUGAAUUACUGCUUGACAGUUAGCUGAUCAGAACUGGAUUAUGAUAUCUAAGGUAGUCCUAACAGUUAUCUUUGGUUCUCUCCUCAGAGUGACAGACCUCACAGGAUAUGAGCCUCAGGACCUGAUUGAGAAGACGCUCUACCACCAUGUCCAUGGCUGUGAUGUCUUCCAUCUAAGAUAUGCUCAUCAUCUCUGUGAGUCCUCUAAACUAGUAGUUCCCAACAUCUUUUCCUUGGAGUCCUCACUUUUUGAAUCAUAGAGAAGCAGAGGUGGGCUCUAAGUCCCAUCACUUUCAGCUACAGUGUUCCUGCUUGUCAAUCAAGUUAGUCCCCCUCCCUCUGUUUAUCUGUACCAGGCUGUAAACAUGUUUGUGCUGUAACGAUGGGCUUUUUUAAGUGGGUGUAUAUGUGGGUAAGGCGCUUUUGCCUCUGGUAGACUGGGACUGCGAGUUGUUGUCUGCUCAGGACCACCACAACCUCAUUAAUAACUAUCAUGACCAAAAUUAGUCAGAUCUGCCCUUUAAUUUGUCAUGAAGAUGCAUAACUGCCACCUGCUGUGUUGGAGUGUGAACUACCUUCCCUACUACUGCAGUGUCAUUGGAAACACAUCAUUUAGAAAAAGCAAGGUAUUUGCCAGAACUUCUUUUUCCAGACACACAUUUGAGACACACUCUCAGGUCCUGACCCAAGAGCUGGAACCGAGCCUGUAGACCCUCCUCAGUGUCCUCUUCAGUCAGGGAGCUCAGCUUACAGAAAGUCCUGUGAGGUCUGAUGUAAGCUGCUGGAUAAAUCUCAUGAGGGGAAAAAUGGAGGCAUACUAAUUCAUGCUGUCAUCAUUGCAGAUAGAUGCUCUGUGUCUUGAGUACAGCUUAUUUUAUGACUGAAGUGCACUGUUGUUAAAAAAUGUCAAUGUAGAAUUGACAUUAAAUCAACAACUAAAGCAGAAAGACAAGCAGCAACAUAAAAGCUAACAAUCAAAGAAGAUAUAAAACAGAUAGUCACAUACGUAAAAAAAAACAGUGGUCAAUCAAACAUGUAGUUGCUCACAGGUGUCCUUUGUUGUGAUGGUAGGAUAUUCCAAGUUCCAUGGGCCAUGAAUGGACAUCUGGAAAAAAGAACAGCUUUACAGAUGUCUAGUAGCAUAAGGGUUAAAGUGAAAGCAUAAAAAGCAGUCGCCCUUGAAUGGAGCCUAGUGGUAUACCCAAACUACAGUUUUGAACUAAUGAUAUUAACCUGACUUUUUUAAACACAUUGCUUUAAAGAAAUGAUUCAAACCAGCUGAGAGAUCGUUAGGAGAAGUUUAGCUGUGAGAGUUUGUUAAAGAAAAAGUAGGUUAUGGUUUACAACAUCAAAACCUUUUUUCAAGUCCUGCAACAUUACCAUCACCUAAUGGUUUCUUUAUUGUUUAUGUGAGAUAACAUGAUGUUAUUUCUGUUUAAUAACCAGGCUGUAAAUGACAAAAAUGUUAAAAGUGGACAGGGACUCAGAGAGGAGCUGUCAUUUAGGCUGACAUGAAAUACACUUUUAAACCUAAACAGAGUGAACAGUGUCUGGACUGAGGUGUGUCUGUAGGACUUAGAUUAAAAUCCCUUUUCAAAUGCACAAAUUCAGUACAAUUUACAAAAACAUUCACAUUCAUUCCUCCUGACUUUCUAAUACCAAUCUGGACUUAUGACGAUGGAUUUGUGCUAACAGUGUAACUAAAGCUGGAGGGGGUAAUGUAGCAGAGAGAAAGCAUGCAACAGAAAUCUCAGGUACCAGAAGUAGAGCUAAACCGGACCUACUGUCUUUGACCGAAAACACAUCUUCAGACAAAUGAAAAUGUUGCUCAAUAACUCCCCCUGUAACCAAGGGUCCGAUGUCAGACUCCACUGUUUUCUCUCUUUGAUCCUUACAUGUACGCUCUCUGCAGUACUGGUGAAGGGUCAGGUCACCACUAAGUACUACCGCAUGUUAUCCAAGCAUGGAGGCUGGGUGUGGGUGCAGAGCUACGCCACUAUCGUCCAUAACAGCCGCUCCUCCAGACCUCACUGUAUCGUCAGUGUGAACUACGUCCUUACGUGAGUCCUCUCUACCCAUGAUUUUUCUGAUCAAAUUCACAAACAGAUACACUGGUGCGCAAAUGAUGUUUGCUUCAUUCAUUUCACACAGUGACAUUGAGUGUAAGGAGCUGCAGUUAUCGACAGACCAGAGUCGAGCCACCAAGCCUGGCCUGAGUCUGUCUCCCCCUCAGGACCCCCACAAACAGCACCGAGUAAAAGCAGUCCGGAUGAAGAGCAGACUCCGAGCAGCUCCAUAUCCACAGGUACCACUUCAGUUUACCAGCAGGAAAUAAUAUCUGAACAGAAUAUACACCUGAGUGUUCACACAGCUAUAACUGAAAAUGUUUAUGAUCCUUCCAUGUGAUACCGAGUGGAAAUCAAUGAAUUAGAAAGUCCAUGUGCACGUGGGCUGCUUAGCAGUAUUUCUCAAAGAAGUGUGUUUAUCUGCCCUGUCAGUCCCUGUAAAUGUGGAAUAUGAUACUGGGUGGAGAGACAGUCUGAAUGUCGAAAACAAGAUUUAAAAAAACACUAUUGUACAAAGCUUGUUUCACAACCUAUAAUUACUGGCAAACUUUGGUUUUAUUGAACUCGAUAUAUAACAAAACACGACUUUUCACAAUGCACACGAUUUAUCACAAAGCUUGUGGUUCCAUAAUGUAUUUCAUUUCAUAAAGGACAUCUCUCUUAAAACAACAUUCACUCUUGUAUUCAAAAUUCAGAAAAAUGAAUUUCUUUUUCCUCGGUUAUAUUCUCAAACUUAAAAUUUCUUAUAAAAAAAGAUUUAUACAGGAAAUACCAGUGUGUUUGCAGCAGUAAACACACUUGUAUUGCAGUAACCUUCUUGCUGCUUUUGUGUCUGCAUCAGACUCCAGGCCUCUGCCAGUCUGACCACCCAGGCUGCUCUCGACAGAAGAACCUGUGGAAGGAGAGGUCCUUGUACCAGGUGACACCCUCCAGGGAGAGGCGCUCCAGCUUGAGCCCAGAAGUUAGCCAAAUGUCCUGCAGCCGUACUCACAACCUGAACCUCCACUGUUCCUACCAACCCCAACGUCCUGAUGAUCAGAGUCAGCUGCCUCGCUCAGGUCUGUCUUCUCAGGUGUCUCAACAGCUCAUUGGCUCCCAGCAUAGAGGAUCUGCUGGAUGGAACAAUAGCAGCCCCCCAGGACCCAACAAGUACACAGGUACACCUCCUAUCUAACUAUGUCAAAGUAAAAUGCUUAAACCUCAUUAACAGAUUAUCUAUUUCUUGAUUUUUAUUAUUUGGUUGUACCAAACCACAACUCUCUGUUGUGGAACACAGCUCUUGUUGUUCCAUUAUGUAAUUUUUUGAUUGGACAGUGGAUUGAGUAGGUAACUGAGGAGAGACAGCAGGAGAUGAUAAUCCUGAGAGGCUGAAACCACACCUGAGUCAUCCUCAUGUGGUGCAUAUUCACUGUGUGGUAUACAGUUUUUUGCAAUUCCAUUGUCAAAUAUUGGAAAUGUAUCCAACAGCUGAAAAAACAAAACAAACAAACAAACAAACAAAAAAAAACGGGUGCACUUCUCACUGCUCAUGUACGCCAAAAGCCCAGUCAUUCUGGGUACGUCACAAGCCAACACACAUUCUUUGUGAGACACCAGAGUGGGGUAUAGUCUGCUGUAGCAACACAAACAAGAUCAGGGUGUACCAUACAGGACAGUAGGCCUGCACGAUAUAUCGUUUGACUAUCGUCAUCGCGAUGUACGUGUGUGCGAUAGUCACAUCGCAGAGCCUGCGAUAUUGGAGGUGAAUGAACUCAUUUAAUUUCAAGGGUAACCGACUGAGAUACACUGCAUGUGACUCUGCAUGUGCUUUGCAGCGAUCCACCAAUCACAUUCGUCCUUAACUCAGUUGCCAAUCAGACUCACUUCUCAGUGGCCAAUCAGACUACCCUGCCAGCUGUCAAUCAAAAUCAGAGCGGAGGAAACCCACCCCUGCACAUGUUCUGCACAUGGAGGGAGACGUGUGUCCGCUGAGAAUUACUUUCGGAACUUUACUCAUUACUGUUUAGCCCAACAAAUAAGAACUGUAUGGGUUUUAAAUUGUACAUUUCCGUGGACCACUCUACUAUAAGCGGUGCGCGUUUUGCGAGGUGCAUGCAAUUCUCGGAGGACAUGCGUUUCUCGGCACAACACCGUUAACAACAACAACAACGAUCGCAAAAUGAGCAACGAACAAGCGAAAACCACCGAAAAUGAAGAAAAGGAAAGUCAGUUAUCUGGAAUUAUUUCGGUUAAAAGAAGGAUUAUGUCGACCAAAACACGUGUUCUGUGUUAAUCUGUUGCCACAAUAACGUCCCAGCACAAUAAAAGCUAAAAAUAUCUCUGAGACAGAAGCCAUUCUAACAUUCACAAAAAGAGGUAAGAUCAGUGCAGGGUAACUGUCUUCAAGAUUUCAGCAGUGCAGCAUAACAUUAAAUGCUAUUCAUGUCAUCUGGUGAAAAUUCCUGUAUUUUUAAUAUCGCAAUAUAUAUCGCAGGGUUGAAAAAAAUCGCAAUAUUAUUUUUUUCCAAUAGGGUGUAUCAUACAGGACAGUAUCAUAUUGUACUGAACUAAAGCAGAGCCCUUGUUGGAAAUGCGCCAUUUGAGAACUAAACCCUUUGUGCACGGGGCAUCCAAUUUAACAGCAAGGUCAAACCAGUGCUCCACAGCAGAUAUCUUUGGCCAUUUUCAACAUUACAUGACAUUAAUCUUGAGUUUCAGGCUGUGUAGGAGGCUUCAAUCUAAAGUCCAGGGUGCUCAGCUCUGGGUUAAGGUCACCUUCUCAUCUGUGAGCAUAAUGGUAGUUGUACAUGAAAAAAAAUGUUAUAUUUAAAUAUGGUUAAAAGGAGUAGUAUUCACACCCUGAAUGAUAAUUGGAAAGUUGUGGUAUUAUUUCAGAUUGUUAUUGUUGUGUCCAUCCUCAGGCCCGGGGCUGGGAGCUGAUGGAAGGCAUUCUGAUGAGAUCUACUACGACUGUCUCAGCAGUGCAAAUCUACAUCCUAUCAGGGGGAUGAAGGAGGAACCCAACGAACAUUAUGCAUUAGUACGCACUGAGCUGUCUGAGGUAUAUCUACAUCCUCAUCUCCUUAAGGACAGUAAACCACCAAACAAGGACUUCCAUCUAAAUACCAAAGGUUCCAGGGGACCUGCAGGUGAUCGGGUCAUAGCCUGUCCUUUGCUCCGUGGCCUGGUUCGGGGUAAAGGUGAGCACAGCAUAGGUCAGUCCCUCCCUGUGCACUUCGCAAUGGAGCAGAGGAGGAGGCUGUGUAUGAUGGAGACUCCCUAUAGCUACCCAACUAGAGACUAUCCCCUGCUGACUGAUGUCCCCCAACGAUGUGGACUCACCAAGGACCUGCAGCCCACAUCUGCUGGAGAGGAUAGAAGGGCACAACCAGGGAGUAUGGUUGGGGCAGGACUUCCAGUCUUUGGUAAACCAUGCUCCAUUUUAGACCCUCCCUAUACCACACAGAGCCAUGGUUAUCACACCAAGGAGACAGCUUCUUACAGCCCCAGCUCCAGCUCAUCCCCUGAGAGCCACAGAGAGGUCCCACAUUACAUCGGAACAUCUGUCAUUAUCACGAAUGAGAGGUGACCCAGGACAGGAGCUCAAGAGACUUGGAAGUCAGGAGACUGUCAGACUCUAAAUCCUCCAAAGACUCAAGUCGGGGUCACUUGUCUUCUACAGUUUGCACUCUUACAGGAGAGAAGGACAAUAAGCUGUAAGCUCUCCUCUCUUCCAUGAUGUCCAACAUGCAAAAGAUCAGCUGAGACAUGUUUAAAAGAAUACACGCAAUGCACCUUUAUUUUUCAUUACAGCUCAAACAUAACUUGAACACAGGGCUGUCUGGACACACUAAGUUGUUGAUUUAAGGGUCAGAAAAAUACGUCAAUAUUUGAACCAACAGAUCUUUCAGUAAGGUGACCAGAUUUCUGUAAUGAAAUCCAGGGACAUCCAGGGGGUGGGGGGUGCUGAGCAAAAUGUGACUUGGGCAUCAGCUGUGUGAUCACAGACAACAACUUGGUACUACUUAGUAGCAGUGCACAGCCCCCGUAAUAACCCCCCAUAAUAACCCCUGUUCAGGACUGCACGCAACAUGCUUACUUGCGCUUCCUACCUACUCUGCAACCCUGAUAAUCGUUGUUCUAGUCUACACGUAACAUUUUUUUGUCAUUCAUGAAAUUUCCGGGGACAGACCUAGCCAGAGACAGGUCAUCCAAAACAGGGACUGUUGGGGACUGUCCCUGGAAUCUGGUCACCUUAUCUCUCAGUGAAGGUUGGUCUGAUAGUUUUGAGGUUGACACAGAGUUUAAAGGGAGGACCAGUCUUAGCACCGCCAUCCACUUAUGAUGAGUUGGUGUAAUCAAAAGAGAGCCACAUCAUUUUGAUUGUGACAGAUGACCUCUGAUGGUACUCAUCUGUAUUUGUUUAGACAGUUAUACUGAGAGCCAGGGGUUCAAGUUAGCUUCAACACUUUGGACCACAGAGUUUGGGAGAAGGGUGGGGCUUUAUUAAGAAUGCCCUGUUCAGAUGUAAGGUAUCUUCUUCAUGUGAAACUGCUGCCUCAUGAUCAUUGAGUUAGUUGACCUGUAUUUUGGGGCCAAAAUGCAGGUCAAGAAUGGGGCCAAGAACCUUUCAGAAUCACAGAUGAUGGUGUCUGUCAACGGGGCCCAUGAUUAAAGGGAGACUGACACAUUUGGAAUCAUAUUUGGUCUGUUAAGUACUGGCCUUCACACUUUGUUUUUACAAAAACCCUCUGUAGAGGUGGCCAAGAGAUGUCAGGACAGUCUGAGGCAACUUUGGGUUUGGUACAGGUUAACUGAUUCCAAAUUUUAAGCCAAUACCACGUGUCAGCAUUUUUAGGACCACAAUUCUGAUUCUGCACCUCCGAGCCUUGAGUUUUGUUGUGACAGUUAUGGUUAUGCUUUGGGUAAAGCAGACUUCUGAAGCCAAACUUGACCAUGUAUAGUUGAGAG